CAGACCUUCUACUCUGAUCAUUAUCAUCCUUUGAGCUUUGGCUCGUCCAUUCUUUUUUCGUUUACUCACUCAUUCUGUACCUAUCGCCCUAGGGCACUCAACAUAACAACAACCUGCUUCGAACAAAACAUUUCUGCUUUCAACAUGGUUUCUUUCUUCGCUCUCGCUGGCCUGGCUGCCACUGCUCUGGCUGCGCCUGUUAGCCAGUCCGGCUGCACUUUCACCGACGCCAACGCUGCCAUGAAGGGCAAGGCUAGCUGCUCGAACAUUGUCUUGAAGGAUAUCGCUGUUCCCGCUGGAGUCACUCUUGACUUGACUGGCCUCAAGUCGGGCGCUACCGUUACCUUCCAAGGCAAGACUACUUUCGGAUACAAGGAGUGGGCUGGCCCCCUCAUUUCCGUCUCGGGCUCCAACGUCAACGUUGUCGGCGCCUCUGGCCAUGUGAUCGACUGCGGUGGCCAGCGCUGGUGGGAUUGCAAGGGCAGCAACGGAGGCAAGAACAAGCCCAAGUUCUUCGCUGCCCACUCUCUGCAAAACUCCAACAUUCGCGGACUGAAUGUGCUCAACACCCCUGUUCAGGCCUUUUCCAUCAACACCUGUACUAACCUCGGCAUUUACGAUGUCAACAUUGACGACUCUGCCGGCGAUGGCGGUUCCCAGUGCGGCCACAACACCGACGGUUUCGACGUCGGUUCCUCCAGCGGCAUUUACAUCUCUGGCUGCACUGUCAAGAACCAGGAUGACUGCCUUGCUAUUAACUCCGGUUCCAACAUCACUUUCACCGGCGGCACUUGCAUCGGUGGUCACGGUCUCUCCAUUGGAUCCGUCGGUGGACGCUCCAACAACGUCGUCAAGACCGUUCGCAUCCUCAACUCCAAGAUUAUCGACUCGGAUAACGGCGUCAGAAUCAAGACCGUUGCUGGUGCGACUGGUGCUGUUUCGGACGUUGUAUACUCUGGUAUUACUAUGACUGGUAUCAACAAGUACGGUGUUAUCAUUCAGCAGGACUACAAGAACGGAUCCCCUACCGGAAAGCCCACCAGCGGUGUCCCCAUUACCGAUCUUACCGUCAGCAAAAUUUCCGGCAACAUCAAGUCUUCCGGAACCGACGUUCAGGUUCUGUGCGGAUCCGGCGCUUGCCGCAAUUGGAAGUGGGAGGGUGUCAACGUUUCCGGUGGCCAGAAGGCUGCCAAGGCUCUCAACGUCCCGCAGAGCGCAGUGCAGAGCGUUAACACCAAACUUUAAGUGGCUGUCAGCGCAAAUAUCGACGGUAUCCGUUGACUUGGGGCCAUUACGUACUUGGGGAGCCGGGCUCUUGAUACCGAUCUCGAUGUAGCUCAUGAACUUGCCACAGGAUGGUGUCUCGGAUCAGCGGACUACGAGUUUUGUUCAUUUGUAUACAUACUCAAGUUUGUGUAUCGUAUCAUCUUACUGGUCGCGAUAUGAACAUAUAAGCU